UUGUCAGGGAUGAGAGUACACUCAACACACAUUUACAUGUUGUCAUGUAAAAAUAGCUUCUGCUAAUGGUAGCAACUUUGGGAUUACCUGUACCAGUGUCAGUUACAGUAAUUUCUUCUGAAAGCUCAUGAGCUUCUGUUUGCUGUCAGUCAUCAACACCAAACUUGACUGAACCAAAACUCUGUGCAUUGUUUUAUAUUUGGGGUAUCAUACAAGUAGAUAUUUGAUCUUUAUUUUUGACAUUUUGAGAAAUUUCGAGUGUUGAACUGUUCUUUUUUCUGGUUAAUAACAGAUGAGUACAAAUUAAGUCUGAAUUUAUGAUCAUGCUUCAAACAACAAAGAGGAAAGAAGCUUGUAUGCUCUCCGUUUUCUUACAUUUCCAUUACAAGUUACACAAACAUGCACGAUACUAGAUUCACGUUUUCUUAGCGUCAUUGAGUCAAAGAUAUAAGCCAUUGUUUGAAGAACAAUGUAAAUUUUGCUUCUGUAUUGGUGUUGUUGGGACAUGCGCUUAAGGUAUUUUUUUACGCAAGCGGAACACUUCUGAGGGGGACUUUAUAGAUGAACACCGCUUGUUUCCGGUUUUCGUUGGUUUGAAUUAUUUCGAAGCAGCAGCGAGAUACUGACAGGGCGAGCUCUGGAUUUAAAGCUCCAGAGUCACAUUGACUUGUUUUUGGACUUAUUCUCUGAGAGUCAUGUCGACACUGUUUCCGUCCCUGCUCCCGCGGGUCACCGAGUCUCUGUGGUUCAACCUGGACAGACCUUGCGUGGACGAGACGGAGCUGCAGCAGCAGGAGCAGCAACAUCAAACUUGGCUGCAGAGCAUCGCGGAGAAAGACAACAACUUAAUGCCCAUCGGGAAACCUGUUUUUGAGGCAGGUUAUGAGGAGGAGGAGGAAGAGGAUGAUGAGGAUGAGGAAGACAGUGAGGAAGACUCGGAAGAUGAAGAAGACAUGCAGGACAUGGACGAGAUGAAUGACUACAACGAGUCGCCUGAUGACGGCGAGAUCAAUGAGGUGGACAUGGAAGGAGCAGACCAAGACCAGGACCAGUGGAUGAUUUAAAGCAAUUUUCUGUCGCAAUCGGCGUCUGGAUUUACACUCGCUACCAAAAAUGUGACUGAUGCCUAACCACUCUGUGACUCAGAUAUGUUUUAAUAUUUGUGCACCUGGGAUGAAAAUCUAGUUGAAACACAUUAAGAUACUUCAGGGGAGCGUUCAGGUGAAUCUUAAGCUGUGAUCCAUCAGUUUUUAAAGCUGUAGACAUUGUUGGACAUUGCUGUGAAGUCUGCUGCCUGGAACACACUCAGAGAUGGGAGAUUUGUGUAUAAAUACUGCCAUUGGUCCGCAUUUCUUGUUUUUAACUGCAGGCUUACUUAACCAAUCAAUCUGGUUAAAGCUGCUCCAAACCUGUCAGGUGCCCUGACGUAGACCCAGGGACUGUUUUGCACACACUCAAUCCAGCAAUCUGCCAUUUAAACUUUGACCUGGUCAUAUCUUAAGUCAUGUGCUAUGGAGAUGUUCUGAAUUGCUGAUUCAGGGAAUAUUGCUUUGGUCAGCAAAAUAGUUUACCUGUAAAAACAGCCCAUCUUUAAAAGAAAAAAAAAAAAAAGAGUCCACUUCUCUUUUAUUGCAGUGCUACUGAAUUGCGGUUGUAAACUCUCCUUCAGUAGAAGGUUUAAAAAAAAAAAAUAUAUUGUAAAAUAGUAAUGUGUUCAGACAGAAUGCUCUCUCAGCUCUCUUAUCUUUAUAGUUUGCAGCUGGGAACAAAUGCUCUGAUUAAAGUUACAGGUCUCAGUUAAAGGUCAUCACAAAGAUUCACUUUUUUGAGAGAUUAUUUUUUGUUCUAUUUGUAUUUUUGAUUUUAUUUGCUAUAAAUUAAACAGCUAUGUAUUUUAUUAGUGCUUUCUUGUUGUUUAUUGGGAUAAAUGUUAAAAAUGUCUAAUAUUGGGUCAGGAUUAUGUAAAUCCUGUUUAAAGGCUGGAAAAAAUUUUAAUUGUA